AUGAAAACAUAUUUGUUUGGCCAAUCGGUUCUGUCGUUUACUCAUUUUCGUCCCAUAAAACUAGAACACAAGCAGCUCUUCGAUCAAACCUGGAUUGGAAGACCCGUCUCGUUCAAUAACCCCUCCUCCCAGUGGAUCAUCACCAGCAAGCUGCGCGAACACAACAGCCAGAAGCUGCCGGAGGAGUUUGUGGAGAACCCGGGGGAGGAGAAGGUGCUGCGUGUCUUGAUGCAUCUUGCAAUCCAGAGUCCCAUAUGCGGGCAGGGCAGCGAGAUCGCGAUCCACGCAGAAAGAGCUCGCCAGGCCCUUGAUACCCUGCCAACCUUUACCCAACAGGAGCUCGACGUCUACACUUUGCUGACGGAAAAGAACUGCGCAUCUACGCUACGGCUCGUCCAGAUGCGGAAGGAGAAGCAAAGUGACUCUGACAUGGUCCCUGGGGGGCUCGAUCGUCUAUCUUCUCCUCGAGAAGCUGCCUGGCCAGAAGUUGGGGCCCUGGUUUUGGGAGCUGGACCGGGCCAAACGGGAUCAAAUCCGCCUGGCUUUCAAGGUGGUGUGGGAGGCUGGAGGGACUGUGUGUCUGCUGGGAUCAAGUCGAGCCUCGGGUUCUCGAGACUGUUCUGGGACGAGCCUUCGGGCCAAAUGUAA